AGGCGCAGCAAAACAAGACCCUGUGGGUAAUGGAGUGAUUCGCCCACACGCACUCCGGUUGUCAUCGGCGAUUGCUUCCGGAACGUGAACUGCAUUUCCCACAAUCCCACCGGUGUGUACGCGCCCACCAAUAUAUACCGUUAUACCCUACAAGUUGCAAACACGGCAGUCUCAGGACUUUUUAGUCGCAAACGGAACGUCAUGUUCUUUGCUGUACGGUUAUAAAUAAAUACAUAUAUUAGACACAGCAUUUCUUCAAAUGGUCAUGAAUAAAUAAGUAAACAUAAACAUAUCCUCUCUCAAUAUAGCCGAACUGUCAUGAACACACGAGGCUGCGGUAAUAAGGACAUGCAUGCAUUGUGCUCAAGUCUGCCGUUUCAGUGGUAAUUGUCAGCAGUGUAUGCUACAAUAACUAGGAUCUCCUCCCAACAUAUGAUUAUGAGGCCAGAUGGUGGCUCACUAUUGCUGCCCUCCCCCACUCACCAUUCAUGACUGCACACUUGCCUCCAUAGGACCUUUAAAUAGCUUCUGCAGCAAGCCAUCACUGCUUGUACACCUACUGCAGCACUAUAGAAGUGCUUUAUUAUCAGGAAUGUGUUUUAUUUGAGUAAGACAAAGCUAAACACAGGUGGUGUGAUAUCCUUCAAAACAACUUAAUCAACACCUUAGCAUUUACAAUUUCAUUUCAUAUUUAGACAGAGAGUGUCAUCAUGUCACUUUUAGAUGGUGAUAUUCAUUAAAUGGCAAUAUCAAUUAAUAUUUGUAUUACUUGUGCUUUGAUUUUUCAAUGACCGUUGUCCCCAUUAUUUAUACUUAUCUUUCUUCCAGUUACAAACCAGCUCAGCUUUUUAUCAAAUGUAAAUCUCUUUAUAAAUACAUAUAAUUAUACGUUUCUUUUGAUUAUCCUCAGUGCCUUCCAAAAUCUUAAACAACACCACUGUAUACUCAUUUUCUGAUUAAUUCAUUCGGCAAGAUCAAUGACAAGUUGCAUCAUGUUUAUCCAAUGCAUGUGGGAGACACACAUCACAUUACUUUUUUCUACAUUCUUCUACAUUGAAUACAUGUGAGGUGCAUUUAUGUUUCAGCCCCUUUAACUUUGACCUAAUCUCUACCAUGCUUCAGAUAUCAAGGCAACAGCAUUUGAGCCAUGUACAUCAUAUUAGCAUCAGCAUCAGUUGUAAAUAAAAGGUCUUGUUGGACAAAGCACCAAGUCUCACAAUAACAAUGGGGCCCCUUUUGAAAAGACUGAUAGCCCAGCCAGCCAAACUAAAUCCUCUGCCUGGUUGCGUAAUAUUAAUUGAGAGUGUUUACACAUGCAAGUGAGGCCAAAUGAAUAAAGUUCCUCUUUCGAGGUACAAAUGCAUUCAACAUUUUGGUGCCCACCGAUGCCAAACUUUCCCACGGUGGCCUGAAAAUGAGGAACUAAAGGGGAACAACUCAGUAUGGAUGGGAAAUGACUUUCGGCAACGGGCUGGACAGUAGGAUUCACUGGAAUUCUGUGCUGGGCGAGGAGGUGAAAACCGUAAACACACAGCGUUGGGAAGAGCAAAGAUGAACGUGACAGAAGUCUACGUGGGAAUAGCUAACAUCAAUACCCAGGGAAAUCUGUCUGGUAAUGGCAGCAUGGGGGUCUUGAGCAUCCCCUCCUCCCUAAACAAAGUCAUCAAUAUAUUCACUGUCGUCAUCCUCUUCAUCACCAUGAUUUCCCUUGGCUGUACCAUGGAGAUCUCCAAAAUCAAGACCCAUCUCUUCAAGCCUAAAGGAGUAGCAAUUGCCCUGCUGGCCCAGUUCGGCAUCAUGCCCCUGACCGCUUUCUCUCUAGCCAAGUUGCUCCAGAUGGAUCCUGUCAAGGCGGUCACUGUGCUCAUCUGUGGCUGCUGUCCGGGGGGAAGCUUAUCAAACAUUUUCUCCCUGGCCAUUAAGGGUGAUAUGAAUCUGAGCAUCGUAAUGACCACUUGCUCCUGUAUCGCGGCACUGGUUCUGAUGCCUUUGCUGCUCUACAUCUACUCCCAAGGCUUCCACGGUCUGGAAAAUGCUGUACCAUACGUCGGCAUCAUCUCUGCUCUCGCAUCCACCUUGGUGCCCUGUGCCGUUGGCAUUGCCAUUAAUCACUACAAACCAAACUACUCAUCGCUGGUCAAAAAAGCUGGCCUCAGCAUCCUGAUAAUCUCCGGCAUCAUAGUAUUCAGCCUGUCUGGCGUCGUCGUCAAAGACAUUCUUUGGAUGGUCCUCACACCAGAUGUUCUGGCUGUGGCUGCACUGAUGCCGCUGAUUGGCUUCAUGCUGGGUUAUAUCAUGUCUGUCAUAUGCAGACUCAGCCCACAAUGCAGCAGGACAGUCUCCAUGGAAACAGGAUGUCAAAACAUCCAGCUGUGCAUUACCAUCCUAAAAGUGGCCUUUUCCCCUGAAGUCAUCGGCCCCAUGUUUCUCUUCCCUCUGAUAUACUACACAUUCCAGUGUACGGAGGCCCUGAUCUUGACCCUGAGCUUUAGAUGUUACCAAGCAUUCAAGCCACCAGCUGAGGACGGCGUGGACAUUCAACAAGAGGAGGUGAAACAGCCGUGACUGCUGCACAGAUGAAAAUCCAGUGUUGGAGAGGGAAACCAAGAGGAGCUGCAUUCUGCCUACUGAGGAGCCCUCGCUGCCUCCAUAUCGUCUGCAUAUGCUUCACUUCGCCCUGUAACACUAAGACUGUUAAAGCAAACUAAUACCUUUAUUAUUGUUUUCUUAAUCAAUUCCAUGCAAUGUUACUGUUACUAUGGGUAGUGCCUGCUAGCCAAUAAUUAUGAAUAUUUCCAUUUUGUAUUUAUAUUUUUGUAUU